UAAUGCAGAGAACAAGCGUCUGAAGUCCUGUUGUUGUUUGUCAUGUUCUGAAACUACAUUAGGCUCCACCCCCUCACGCACUAUAAAUCCCCAGCUCUUCCUGCUGCACAGACCUGCCAACAGCAGCCGCUCACUUGCCUUUCUGAGGACGCCUCACGCCACCGCUCACAGCAUGUCGCUGCUGCAGGAAGAAGACCUGUCCUGCACCAUCUGCCAGGACAUCUUCAGGGACCCUGUGGUUCUGGCCUGCAGCCACAGCUACUGCAGGGCCUGUCUGCAGAACUGGUGGAGCGGCAAAACGAUCCUGGAGUGCCCGAUGUGUAAGUCCAGGUCAUCCAGCGAAUUGACCUCCAACUUGGUGUUGAAGAAAGUCUGUGAAGCCAUCAUAGAGAGGCAGAGAAACAGAGAGUCUGUGUGCCAGGUCCACAACGAGAAGCUGAAGCUCUUCUGCCUGGAUCACCAGGAGCCGGUGUGCGUCGUCUGUCUGCUCUCAGACGCACACACUGGACACAACGUCAGGCCUGUGGAGGAGGUCGCAAGCCAGCACAAGAAUCAGCUGGAAGGCCUCCUGAAGCCUCUGAAGGAGAAGCUGAAGAACCUCGAAGAGGUGAAAGAAAACUUGUGUCAAACAGCAGAACACAUCCGGUUCCAGGCCCAGCAGACAGAGAAGUUCCUCAGGGAGCAGUUUGAGAAGCUGCAGACGUUCAUCCGGAAGGAGGAGGAGACCAGGAUAAAGGCUCUGAGAGAGGAGGAGAAGAAGAAGAAUCAGGCGAUGAAGGAGAAGAUUGAGACUCUGAGCAAAGACAUCGCAGCUCUGUCAGACACGGUUCGAGAGGCAGAAGGAGCUCUGAGGGGGGGAGAAGUCCGGUUCCUGCAGAGCUUCAAGUCUGCUCUAAAGAGGCUCCAGCACAGCCCCCCCCAGGAGGAGCCACAGCCCGCCUCCGGAGCGCUCAUAGACCAGGCCAAAUAUCAGGAAAACCUGACCUUCAAAGUCUGGAAAAAGCUGAAAAGUAUGGUGAGGUUCAGCCCCGUCACUCUGGACCCAAACUCUGCCAACGCAGAACUUUCUCUGUCCCGAGACCUGACGGCCGUGAAUCUGGGGAAGAGACAGAACCUUCCAGACAACCCCGAGAGGUUCAGCUGCUUCCGCAUCGUCUUGGGCUCCAAGGGCUUCAGCUCAGGGGCCUACAGCUGGGACGUGGAGGUCAAAGAAAACACAGAGUGGUUUGUGGGCGUGGCUUCAGAGAGCGUGCACAGGAAGGGAAAGCAUCCGUCUCGUUUAUGGAGAAUUGGAUGCACCAACGGAGAAUACACGGCACGCUCGCUGUCGGAUCCAUCCACCGUUCUGCCAAACACGUGGAAGCUCAACCUGAUCCGGGUUCACCUGGACUGGGACCGAGGGAAGCUGGUGUUCUUCGACCUGGAGGCCAACGCCCACAUCCACACCUUCAGCCAUCGCUUCACAGAGAAACUGUUCCCCUACUUCAACACGGUGAGCGAACAGCCGCUGCGGAUCGUCCCGGAGACGCCGUUCAGCCUGCAAGGCUGAGGAUCAGCAGCCCUGCAGCUCCGCCACCAACACCUCCACCAUGGAGACGCUGAGCUCAAGCAGAGCCGCCUCACUGAGGGAGGGGCCACAAUCCUGAAGGGACCUUUAAAAGUGGACAAAACUCUUUUAAAACCUCAGGUUCAAGUUUUUGGGGAACCUUUCAUCCGAUGGUUUGAUCAUUGUCUGUUUCUCUUUUUCACACCUGAGCGUAAAAAGUCUUUUUCUUUCUGCAGUUUGAUUUUCUACAUUUUUAUUUAGUCAAAUAUAUCGAGUCAUUGUAACUUUAGAAAGAGUGGAGACUGGCAAACGUUAAGCUGUAGUCACAUGUGACAUGGACCUGUCCGUGGAGGGUUGUAGAGGAGCGGCUGCAUCUGAAGAGGAGAGCAGGAUUGUCGGCACUUCCACCGAGGCUCAUACGGCCUCCUCAAAGGACUGCAUGAAACUGGAACAUUGUGAGUGUUAGAUCUAUCCUGAAGUCAGGCCUCGAGGGCCAGUAUCCUACAUGCUUUCCAACCAACCUGCCAUUGAAGCUCAUUAUUGGCCAAACACACCUGAUCCAGGUAAUCCACAGCAGAUAAGCCAGGAUUUCUGGAAAACCAGCAGGAGGCCCUCGAGGCCUGACUUUGGACACCCCUGAUGUAGUUGUCAGUGAUAUGUGAGUACUGACCGCACAAAUGCUGCA